ACAUUUGAUAAUUUCCUCUUACGAAACACGUGAAUAAUGUUUUCGUCGAAAAGCGUGCUAUAUAAAGAUGGGCUGACGAAACUGCAGAGAAUAUUUAUACGCGGCAGCCGAAGUGUCUGUAUUUAUGUUGCUUGGCGAACGAUCGGCGUCACCGACGUCUAAAGCCCGAUAAACUAAAUCGUAUGUCGAGGGGAUCGUUCCCCCGACGACGGUCAUCUUGGUCUCUCUCUGUCGUCGUCCCUCGAAGGGGGUUCCUCGUUCGACGCGUCGUUCGCGUUCAACGGAUGUAUUCAACCCUCUUCUCCCUUCGGCCACCCUCGGACGAUGAAGGGAACGAAGAGGGGAACGAGGGUUGCUGAUUGCGACGCGCCUGCGCCGAGUCCCCAAUGACGGACUCGGCUAGGUAGGUGCUCGACCCGGACGCAGUUUGGGAGAAAACAAGCUGCGGGCUGCCUGCUGUUCUCCGGGUAGCGCGGGCCCUUUUCCUCGUAGAAUCCUCGACGAAAGGGCGAAAAUUGAGAGGGAACGCAGAUCCAACCCGGCUAGAGAAAGCGUGGUGCGGCUGAUAUUCCCCGACACGGAGAUGUCCGCGAGGUGGUACUGAACGAACGAUGAUGAGACGAGGCUUGGGCGCAGCGGAUAUAAUAGUGCGAAAAAAAACUGACGUUCAAUAAUACACGGCGCGCGACAACAAGUUCGUUGAACCCUUUCGCGAAUCCAGGCAGCUGCCGCGGCACUUGACUCGGAUAUGCAUCAUCUCGAGGGUGAUCGCUGCAGCGAAGGGUGAUGCACACGUCGAGGGAUCAAUUCGGAUUCUGCAUUAUACGCGCCAAUCUGUAGUUCAAUUAAGACGUUUCCAAGACCUCCUCGUUCCGCCUCGAAUGUUCCGGGGAACAUCUUCCAAAGAUCUUUGUUGAUUCGUGCGUUUUUGCUCACUCUGUGUCGUGUUGUUUCCAAGUGUAGUUGGAUGCAGCGAAGAAAAAGACCGUGAAAAGGAUGUAUGUUUGAGAGAGAGAGAGAGAGAGAGAGAGAGAGAGAGAGAAACGGAGGGAGAUAUUACACGAUUUCUGUGUAGUGCGGCGUGUGCUUAGCAGCUCUUAAUCGUCGAUUGCAUGUGGGUCACGAGUUGCAUUUGCCACGGCUAACGAGAUAGAAGAUUUACCGAGCUAAGAGGGAGAAAAUGUGGAGCUCGGUUACCGCUGCCGGCACUGAAAAUGGACCAGCACCUCCCUCGAGGAGCAAGCAUAGCGCCACCUUACUUGCGGGUCACGUGUAUCUUCUCGGAGGUAGAAAUGGAAACCUACCGCUCAAAGAUCUCUGGCGAUACAGCCUCGCGGAAAGCAAGUGGGAGGAACUGCAUCCAGGGGGCGAAAGACCGCCGGCUCUUCAGGAACACAGCGCGGUGGCCUAUAAGGAUUGCCUCUACGUUUUCGGGGGCGAAUUGGGCUUCUCCGCCGGAACGGAAACACCACUCUGGGUUUAUAACGUCAAGACGAACGUAUGGAGAAAAGUGAGAGCUCAACGGGGUUGCGCAGUUCCUAGAGGCCGAAGAGGUCACACCGCCUUGGUACAUCGCGGACAAAUGCUUAUAUAUGGGGGUUAUCAGGACUUACGUGGCAGCUCUUCCGAAUUAUGGGCCUUCCAUUUCGAGACCGAAUCCUGGCACUUGCUCUCGUCAAGCGAAAGCGGACCGGCAGCGAGACACAAACACUCGGCGGUUUUACACGGUGACGCGAUGUAUAUUUAUGGCGGAAUGACGGAUCUACAAGAGAGGAACGACUGCUGGCGAUGGGACGUCAACAGCGCUUCGUGGUCGUUGCUGAAGAACAAACCGGGCCCUGGGCCUCUUCAUGGCCACGCAGCGUGCAGACUGCCGAGUUGCAUGCUGAUUUUUGGCGGCGAGAGCGGGGGUUUGGCAACGAACGAGCUUUGGAGAUUCCAUUUUGGCACUGAAACCUGGGAGAAGUUGUCAGUGCCAGGACCGAAACCGCAGCCACGAGCGGAAAGCGUCGCCCUCGCGGUAUCUGAAUUAUUGAUUCGCGGAACAAACAUGGACAAUCCGAAACCAAGACCGAGGAAUCAGAGGCCUAGGCUUUCGAGCAACAGAAUAUCGCCGAACGAGAUACCUUCCGCCCGCCCGAGCUUUCUCAAGGAAAUCUCCAAAUUAUCGCAAAUAAAUCUAUCGCGGCUCAGUCAUCCGACGAAAUGUAGUUACACGGUUCUCAGCGGACACGACGAUCAUGAAGAGAGCCCACAAGAGGCAAACACGUAUUAUCCUUUUCAGCAAGUGGACAUCGAAGUCGUGGAACCUUCCACGGGGAUGGUGAAGUCACGCAGUGCCAACACGCUGGCCCGCCGAAGGCAAAAAGUGUCGGAGGGAACAGUAAGAACGAUUGACGUCAGCAAUACUAGCAAUACUUCUGGUAUGACCAGAGAUCCUAUUUCGGUGCCAAAUUUUCGUGCUUUGACAUUACCAACGCCCGUUCUCACGCCUGUAGAGGCCGCUAGAUUAGUCUUCGUAGAUCCGGACGAGAACAGCGACAACGAGGAGCGGAAGGACCCGCCUACAUCGAGACUGAUCGAGGUUCAAGAAGAGAGGCGAGAUUUCGCGGCGGUGCACCAAGCUUGCCAGCCUACCCGCGGUGACAGCUACAGUUCCCACCUUUACGAAGCCGCCCUACAAACACCGAAGACACCGACGACGACGAAGAUUCCGACCUCGGCGUCCGUCAGAUUCGCCGAUCUCGAGGAAGGCGAGGAGUCGACGUCGGAUUACGCGAGUAUCGAGGCGAGAAGCCCGGGCGAUCCGCUCGCGGACGACGACUGGCUAUCCGGGAAGAGAUCGAAGCCUCACAGACCGAUCGUCGCCUCGUCGACGAUACGGGAGGGUCAAUUCGGCUUCUGUAAUCCGAAUUAUCUUGGUCUGGACGAGACGAGGAAUCAUUAUCACCACCAUCACCACCAUCAUCACCAUCAGCAGCAACAGCAGCAACAGCAGCAGCAGCAGCAGAAGGAACAGCAAAAGGAACAACAGCAGCAGCAGCAACAACUACAAGAUGGGAAGUACGCCAAGUUGCUCAACAGUCCGCCCGACAGCGUCCUGGAGGACGAACCCGGUAGGUCGGCUUCGCAGACCUUCGCCGAGCUCUUGGAGCUUCAGGAGAUCAGAAGGGUGCCGCGGGCGCCACCGAAGAGCCUGCCGUUGAGUUCGCCGUCGAGAAGAGCAGUGAGCGCGUCGAGGGCCGAGAGGCAAAGGGCGAAGGUGGCGGCGGUGGACUCGACUGACGCGAAGACUCCCUCCUACGGGCCGGCGCCCUUGUAUGUUUUUUUGGUAGGCGGCAAAGAAAAGGGUCAAGUCACGGUAUUCGCCAGACCGGUCUCCCUCUGGAAGCUACAGUUGGCGCCGCAUAUCUUCUAAGGAUGAUUGAUAGUCCGCUUUAGUUGAGUCAUUCGCGCGCCGUUAAUGAUAAGAAGAAGCCGGAUGCGAGAAGAGAGAGGUGUAGGAUGAUUAAGGCAAGCGUUCGGGCAGUUCAAUUUUCGUUGAUGUAGCGUUUUACAGAGAUUCUGGGUUUUUUUCUAGAUGACGUAAAAUCGUCGCUUGAUGAGAUCGACUUUUCAAAUGUUUAUUCUCAUUAGUUUGAUUAUUGGAUAUUAAAGUUGAUUUUAUAUACUAAUGUUCUUCGUUACGAAUUUGUUUUCUGUAUAAAAUUGAUUGAGAUUGUUGACUCUUUUCGUUUUUGUUAAAGUUAUGUGCUAUUGCCAUUUGAGUUGUACUCAUAUCCUUGUCAAAACGAAGAAUCAAAGUAUCGCGUUUGACACGCCAAAGAAUAAAAAUAAUGUUUCUGAAAAUUGCCGUAUAUGUAUUAAAGCGCAAAAGUUAGAAAUAAAAUUUAAAGAUAAAUUUUAUCGCGCAGAAAGUAUAAAAACCUAUCAUAAAAGGAUACGUAAUCGCUGGUUGAGAAAUAUAGAGAUGUUCAUUUUUUUUUAAUUCAAUAAUGCGCCAAUAGAUAGACUAAUAUUAGAUAGAUAAUUAUAAGUACGUAUCUCUACAAUCUAGAAAUUAAAACAGGAAAUUAUUUCACUGCAUUAUACAUCUCUUAAUUUUUAAUGUCAUUAUUUGUUGAAGAUUGAUGAAUGUAGAAAACGUAGAUUUUUUUUUCGACCCAAACAACUAUUUCUUAUAUUUAUUAAUUCGGAGUUAUGAAUGUGUGCGUCAAAUCUCUCAAUAUAUUCUUUCCUACUGUUUAUGAAACGUGAAUAUUUAAAAUAAAAAGCCGUGAAACACAAUACGAAUCGUGAGUUCAUAUUGAACUGGCCGAUUCGAGUGUUCUCAAUGUGUUUUGUAAAAAGAUAAAUGUUCAAAUAGAAGCGCAGAUCAAGUCGAUCGAUUUUUUAUCCUGCAAUCAUUACUGAUAAAAAUGCAAUAUAUUGAUACACUCUAUCGUACCGCGAUCCUAUAUUCAUUAAUAUUCAUCGUUCACUUUAUAAUAUGUAAUUCAUUCUUAAGAUGAUAAGAUAUUAAACUUUCCAAUCUAAGACUUCGAGUCUUAGAUAAACGUAAACGUAAGUGAAAAUCGAUUAGCCUGAUCUGCGCUCGACUGCCAUCGAAUGCAAAAACUCAAUGUGCGGUAAAGUGUGAAUUAGAAUUAUUAAUGUCACGUUCGCAAAAUAAAAGCUUAUAAAAUAGAACCAAAGAUCUUGAUCAAAAUUUACGAUCGACUCGUGAUUGUUGCGCUUUAGAGAUUAUUAUUUGACCGAUUCUUCUAUUCUCUGCAGUAAAUAGAUUUUUAUAAAGAAA